CACACGCUGCUCUGCACUGGUGACUCCUGUCAGAGCAGCUCUGGCAUCUGAGACCUGGAGUGGAGCCAUCCAGAGAGCCACGGCUGUUGUUGGCCACCAGAGGGCAGCAGAGGGAGCGGCGCGUCUCAGAUGUCUGCGCACAGCAGCUGUGUGACUCUGUGUGUGUGUGUGUGACUGUGUGAAAAUCAGAGAAGAGGAAGUUGUGGGCCUGCAGCAGCGCCGCGCUGCAGAACAACAAGCACGGAAGAAGGAGUCGGCGAGGCGGUGGAGAGAGGCGGUCGGAGCAGCUCCUCGGCUUCUGCCGCUCGUCGUCUCAGGAAGCCGGAUCUCUGACCUGCUGCACGCGCCGCCGCGUCUUCUCACCGGCCAGGAACCCGAGAUGGAGCUGUGGCGCCAGUGUGCCGCCUGGCUCAUCCAGUGCCGAGUCCUUCCCCAGAACCACCGCGUCAGCAGGCCGGCUGCUCAGGUGUGCGACUUGGCGCAGGCCCUCAAAGAUGGUGUCCUGCUGUGUCAGCUCCUCAACAACCUGCUGCCGCAAGCCGUCGACCUGAGGGAGAUCAACCUGCGGCCGCAGAUGUCCCAGCUGCUGUGUCUGAAGAACAUCCAGAUGUUCCUGCGCGUCUCUCAGGAGAAGUUCCAGCUGAAGAAGAGCCAGCUGUUUGACGCCUUCGACCUCUUCGACGUGCGAGACUUUGCCAAGGUCCUGGACACGCUGUCCGUCCUCUCCUACUCUGCUGGGGCUCGGCGCAUCUCAGGAGUCCAUCCGUUCCCUGCGGAAGGUUCCAGACCCGAGGACGAGAUCUACACGGGCCUGUCGGACCUGAUGGACGACACACUGGACGAAGACCACGACCUCUGUGACCUGAUGGAGGACGAGGUGGACGAGAUCUACGAGGACCUCAUGAGGGCGGACGAGCUGCAGCCGGCGCAGAAGGUGGUGGACAGACGAGAGUGUUGUCUUCUGGAGAUCAGACAGACGGAGGAGAAGUACUCACACACACUGCACUCCAUCCUGCAGCACUUCAAGAAGCCUCUGGAAAGGUACCUCUGCCAUCAGGACCUGGAGACCAUCUUCAUCAACGUCCAGGAGCUGAGCCACACACAUCAAGACCUCCUGGCUGAAAUUCAAGACUCCGUCAUCAACAACAACGGCAGGGAUCUGUACCAGGUCUUCCUCAGCUACAAGGAGAGGCUUCUUCUCUACGGCCGCUACUGCAGCCAGGUGGAGGCAGCCACCAAACGUCUGGACCACCUGUCCCUCAGCAAGGAGGACGUGCGCAUGAAGCUGGAGGAGUGUUCCAAGCGAGCCAACAGCGGCAGGUUCUGCCUGAGAGACUUGCUGAUGGUUCCCAUGCAGAGGGUGCUGAAGUACCACCUGCUGCUCCAGGAGCUGAUGAAACACACCAGUGACGCGGCAGAGAGGGAGAACCUGCGAGCGGCUCUGGACGCCAUGAGAGAUCUGGCUCAGUGUGUCAACGAGGUGAAGAGAGACAACGAGAUCGUGCGACAGAUCACCACGUUCCAGCUGUCCAUCGAGAACAUGACCCAGUCUCUGGCCAUGUUCGGCCGACCCAAGAUCGACGGGGAGCUGAAGAUCUGCAGCUCGGAGAGGAGGUCCAAGCAGGACAGGCACGCCUUCCUCUUCGACAAGGCCGUGUUCAUCUGCAAGAAGCGGAGCGGCGACACCUUCGAGCUGAAGAGCACCCUGCACCUGCAGGACUACCAGGUCCGGGACGAGCCCGGCGCGGACGGCCAGAGGAAGAAGUGGUCCCACCUCUUCCUGCUGCUCCACUGCCGCGGCGGCUGUGGCUACGAUUUCAUCUUCAAGACCCGAGAGUUGAAGAACAAGUGGCUGGAGCAGUUUGAGAUGGCUCUGUCCAACAUGUGUCCGCCGGACGCCACGGCCAACAACCACGACUUCCAGAUGCACUGUUUCGAGGAGACGGCGUACUGCAGGGCCUGCUCCAUGUUGCUCCGCGGCAUCUUCUACCAGGGCUACCGCUGCGCCCGCUGCAAGAUGGCGGCCCACAAGGAGUGCUUAGGAAGAGUCGGUGCCUGUGGACGGGGCUCAGGUCUGGACCUGGCGCCAGGCGGCCCGGACUCUGACUCACCCUCUGGUCUCUCCCCUGCAGACGCGGCGGCGGCGGUGUCCAAGAAGAACACGUCGCGCAGAAGCGCCGGCAGCUUCGGUCUCCCCAGGAUGGAGGUGUGGCAGGACUACUGCGGCCUCCCGCCGCCGCCCGCCGCCGUGGGCCAGCCGCUCUCGCUGUCUGUGGGCGACGUGGUGGAAGUGACCCAGGCCGAGGCCCACAUGCCGUGGUGGGAGGGCAGGAACCUGAUGGCGGGUCAGCUGGGCUGGUUCCCCUCCGCCACCGUGCAGCCCUACAUGUCGGGACCGAGCCCGGACCUCUCCAGCUUCGCCUGGUUUGCUGGAACCCUGGACCGGGCGGCCUCCAGGAACCUGCUGCUCUCGCGCUCCGACGGCGCCUUCCUGGUGCGGCAGAAGGACGGCGGCGAGUUUGCCAUCAGCGUCAUGUUCCAGGGUGAUGUCCGCCACAUCAAGGUGACGUCCAGCGGCGGCCUCUACCGCAUCAACAACAAGAAGGCCUUCAAGAGUCUGGCCGACAUGGUCCACUUCUACCAGAAGACCUCCCUGAAGGAGUGCACCAAGGACCUGGACCUGCGGCUCUCCACGCCGUACAAAGAGGCGGAGCAGAGCGCGGCGCCGCCGGCAGGGGGCAGCACACAGCGCGUCAGCACGGCCCGGGCCCGCUACGACUUCUCCGCCCGAGACCGCGCCGAACUGUCUCUGCGGGAAGGAGAUACCAUUCGGAUCCUGUCCAAGAAGGGCGCCAGCGGGUGGUGGAAGGGGGAAGUGUACGGCCGGGUCGGCCUGUUUCCCGCCAACUACGUGGAUGAAGACUAUUCCGACUACAGCUGAGCCACCAGGCCUCCUGUGUUCGUUUCCUCCAUAAAGAAUCCAAGAGUCUUCUGGCCGUGUUCCUUCCUCCAGGGUCAUGUGACCCAGCCAGCCCAGCCGGGGGCUCUGCCUCGGCUGGUCACGUGACCUCCGUCACGGUCGACCUGCAGCAGAGACCGCAGCAGAUACGGUGGUGACUUCCAUAGCAACUUUAUUUCCAAAACACCCAAACAGACAAACAGAUGGCCGGCCGGCGCCGCGGCUCCAGGGAUCACUGGUAGUACAGCUCCAGGUUCAUGCCGUCAUGGAUCUCGUCUGGUGAUGCCACCGUCAAGGACAGCGAACCAUCUAACACACGCAUGGACGAGCUUCACCGUGGCCCAGCCCUCAGUGGGGACCUGCCUCACUCCGUCCAAAACUCACACAGGUCCUCACAAAGACACAGCAAGGAUACAGUCGCUCAGACACACGUGGUCCUUGAAGAUGGUGUACCUGCAGACGGACACGUCAGCAGGGCCCGGGGACCACCCCACCCACGCUCACCUCCUUACCAUUUCUUCAGGACGAUCUUGUCCCAGCGGGUUCCCGUCUGGGCGGCGAUCAGCUUCUUCAGAUCCCCGAUGGUGUCGUCGCCGCUGGAGGCGCGUGGUUAAGGAGGCGCAUCUCUAGAACGUUCUGCCGGCACCGGCGGCCACUCACAAGGGAGAGGACGCACCAGCGCCACACGCUGCCGCGGGUCACGUGACCGGGCCGACCGAGGAGAAAGAAGCGACCCGAGGACGGUGACACGGGCGGGACGCACACCCGCCGCGCGACAGGGCACCGAGCCGGACCUCCCUCCGGGUCACAGGCCACCGGGUCAGGGACUCGAACCACAUCGCUCACAAUCCGAAACCUGACGUCACCAGCACCUCGGCGAGACCGGACGGCGGAGGAUACUUGCACUUGAUCCGGACCUUCUUACCCAGGCGAUCGUUGCACACCACCUCGAUCAUCGUCGAUGCGUCUCGGCUGAAAAGACAGAUGUCGACGUUACACUCCAAACAAGCCGCAGACCGUAACCGGAGGCUGACGGCGUCGAUGCUAACGACAACGGACGCCGGCGCCGCAGAACGCGCUCCUUCUGUCACAGAAGCGACCCGCCAAAAGCCGCAAGACUUGCCUCGCACGUCACUCGCGGCGGAUCAACCAGAGAGAGCGGGUUUUCCUCGAGUGUUUCAGCUGCAGCGGCGUCUUCCUGCUUCUUCUUCUUCUUCUUCUUCUUCUUCGUGGUCGGCGCUGCUCUUCAAGCCCGCUCAGGCGCAACA